UCUGGCAUUUGAAUAUAGUUUUUACAUAAGAACAAUCUGAAACUUCGCAAUGGUGCUCGCCAUAAUCAGCUCCCUCGAGGAGCUCAUCGAUCAGUACAACGUAAACCUCACACAACUGGUAUUCUGCAUCUUCAUCACAACCAUCGUGUUCUUUGGAAGUUUGAUGACCCUUGUGGAGUCACAUUUGCCGAAUAGUAUACGCCAGUCGUUUCGUUAUGGCAAGCACAGGCACAAGGGUGAAGCCGAUGCGCUGGUCAGUUAUUUGGAGGUUCCCAAAGGCUGGUUCAAGCAUUUCUACAUCUUUGCCUUUGGUUGGUCCCUGCUGGCGCUGUAUUUGAUAGUCAGCUCCAUUGCCAGCCAAUCUGCGGCGCCGGAAUAUGCUCUCCGCUUUCUGGAUCUGGUGUGCGGCGGUGCCACCAAUCGGAAGGUACAAGUGGACUCUACGACGGCUCUGCUGGGUACAGUUCUGCUCACAUUGCAGUGCAUUCGCCGCUUCUACGAGACGAAUUUUGUGCAAAUCUUCUCGAAGCACAGCAAAAUGAACCUGUCGCACUAUGCCGUUGGCUAUGUACACUACUUUGGGGCCAUUGUCUCGCUGCUGUCCAACACGGCCGGUUUUGUGCGCGGAUCGCAGCCCACGGAGUUUACGCCCAAGAACUUGUCCCAAAUACAAAUCAUCUACUUUUUGGUGUUUAUGUUCGCCUGGCAUCAGCAGUACUCGAGUAAUAUGAUAUUGGUAAACCUACGGAAAGAUGCCAAAACGGGUGCCGUGAAGACAGAACAGCAUUUGCUGCCCAAGGGCGGGUGGUUCAAUCUGUUAUCCUCCCCACACAUGUUCUUUGAGGUGGUCAUGUACUUCUGUCUGGCGGAUCUGUUCACGCCAGUGCGCACCUGGAAGCUGGUGUUCCUUUGGGUGGCCAGCAAUCAAACGAUCAACGCUCUGCUCACCCAUCAAUGGUACAAGGAGACUUUUAAGGAUUAUCCCAAGCGGCGGCGUGCCAUUCUUCCCUAUCUGCUGUGAUCAAAUCCGUUUAUUGUACAAAUAAUUUAGUAGUGGAAUUUAUUAAAGUCGUUUUUUACACACA